AAAUGUUGGAAAUACAUUAGUAUAAAAGCGUUAACGGGUUCAGUAUGAUCAUUGUAUUCUCGUCUCUGUACAAUACUAACACUUCAACAUGAACUCCUUCGCUGUUCUCCUGCUCUGCGUCCAAGCUUGCUUGGUACAGUCCGUGUUCGGGCAAUGCUACGGCGGUAUCGGGUACGCGCCCGCUUUCGCCGCGCCCUUCGCCGCCCCCGCUCUCGCCGCGCCGGCCGCGUGCGGGCCAGCCUACGGCGGCGAGGGUAUCGGCGACGUGGCGGUCGGCGGCCAGCUGCCGGUCGCCGGCACCACGCUAGUCUGUGGACAAGUGCCGAUCCUGGGCGCCGUGGAGUUCGGAGGCAUCGUGCCGGCCGGCGGCGAGGUGUCCAUUGCCGGCAAGUGCGCCUGCGGCUGCAGAGGAUACUGAUCAACGACUAUCUAGUCCCAAAUAAUAAUUGAACAAAUAAAAGCAUUUUUACAAAUUCCUUUCUAUUAUUUAUUUAUUCAGAAAUUUUGAGAUGAAACGAACCCUUACAUCUCCUUGGUACUUUGGUAUUAUAACCGAAUUUCGGUCAAAAUUGCCAAUCUACAUCCGCGGUUUGAGCUGUGUGGAUUAGACAUUAAC